GUCCUGCAGCACGUUGUGUUACAAGCAGUUUAGGAAGAGAAGUGCGUUGAUCGUCCUCUGCCAGUUUAUAAUCCACAUAUUUACACCUGCUGGACUGUAUGGAGUGAGCCCGUCACACCUUUUGUGUAGUCUACAGGGGUUGCUCUCCUUGAGGGUCUAACCCACAGCCGCCAUGUCGAUGAACCGUUGCGCUUGUUUUAUUUCACGGCUUCAGCGCCACUUUAACUCCCGAACUCAUCGUGUCACCGCCGGCAUCUGUCAUGUGUCUUCUGGGUCUGGUUUGUUACACGGACAGCACCGGCCUGGUUCCGUGGUCUGCAUCAGAGAUGUUUCGUCUAACAGCUCCUCUCCGAAAUCUCCGGACACCUCGCUGUUUGUCCCCGUCUCCCUGAAGGCAGACCCCUCGGCAGACGGCGGCGUCGGAAUGGAACUCACCCAGCCGCUGGAUAAAAAUGAGCUUCUGAAGCUUCUGAAUCGGUUUUACAAAAGGAGGGAAAUGCAGAAGCUGGCAGCAGACCAGGGCCUGGACGCUCGUCUGUUCCACCAGGCCUUCAUCAGCUUCAGGAAGUAUAUCCUGGAGAUGACAUCACUCCCCGCCGACCUGCACAUCAUCCUCAACGACAUCUGUUGCGGAGCAGGUCAUAUAGAUGACAUCUAUCCAUACUUCAUGCGUCACGCCAAGCAGAUCUUUCCCAUGCUGGACUGCAUGGAUGACCUGAGAAAGAUCUCAGACCUCAGAGUCCCGGCCAACUGGUACCCUGAAGCUCGUGCCAUCCAGAGGAAGGUAAUUUUCCACGCUGGGCCCACUAACAGUGGUAAAACCUACCAUGCCAUCCAGCGCUACCUGGCUGCUAAGUCUGGAGUGUACUGUGGCCCUCUGAAACUGUUGGCCCACGAGAUCUUUGAGAAGAGCAAUGAUGCUGGCGUACCAUGUGACCUAGUUACUGGAGAGGAGAGGACCUUUGUAGACCCAGAAGGUCGAGCGUCUGGUCAUGUGGCCUGCACCAUUGAGAUGUGCAGCGUCACCACACCAUAUGAGGUGGCUGUAAUUGACGAAAUUCAAAUGAUCAGAGAUCCCUCCAGAGGAUGGGCGUGGACCAGAGCCCUGCUGGGACUCUGUGCAGAGGAGAUCCACGUGUGUGGGGAAUCUGCAGCCAUAGACUUUGUCAGAGAGCUGAUGUACACCACUGGAGAGGAAGUGGAGGUCCACAACUACCAACGCUUAACACCUUUCUCAAUACUAGAUCAUGCUGUGGAGUCAUUAGACAACCUGAGACCAGGAGACUGUAUUGUGUGUUUUAGUAAAAAUGACAUCUACUCUAUAAGCAGGCAGAUUGAGGCUAGAGGGCAAGAAUGUGCUGUAAUUUAUGGGAGCCUACCUCCAGGCACCAAGCUGUCCCAAGCCAAGAAGUUUAAUGACCCCGAUGACCCCUGCAAAAUUCUGGUUGCUACAGAUGCUAUAGGCAUGGGCCUUAACCUGAGUAUAAAACGCAUCAUCUUCAACAGUCUGGUGAAGCCUAAUGUUAAUGAGAAAGGGGAGAAACAGAUGGAGACCAUCAGCACUUCUCAGGCUCUGCAGAUUGCUGGUCGUGCUGGGAGGUUUUCCUCCAAGUUUAAAGAGGGAGAAGUUACAACCAUGUACAGAGAUGACCUGCCUGUCCUCAAGGAAAUACUCAGCCACUCUGUCGAUCCUAUAGAGACUGCAGGACUCCAUCCAACUGCAGAGCAGAUAGAGAUGUUUGCUUAUCAUCUGCCUGAUGCAACGCUGUCCAACCUUCUUGACAUAUUUGUCAGCCUCUCUCAGGUGGAUGGGUUGUAUUUUGUCUGCAACAUCGACGACUUUAAGUUUUUGGCCGACAUGAUUCAGCAUAUACCGCUUAACCUGAGGUCACGCUACGUCUUCUGCACUGCUCCCAUCAACAAAAAACAGCCCUUUGUUUGCACCUCUUUCCUUAAGUUUGCCCGUCAGUUCAGUCGAGACGAACCGCUGACGUUUGACUGGGUCUGUCGCCACGUCGGUUGGCCUCUGGCUCCACCCAAAAACAUAAAAGACCUGGUUCACCUGGAAGCUGUUCAUGACGUGUUGGAUCUCUACCUCUGGUUGAGCUACCGUUUUAUGGACAUGUUUCCAGAUACGGCCUCAAUCCGAGAAAUCCAGCGGGAACUUGACGAUACCAUCCAGCAGGGUGUCCGAAAUAUCACCCGGCUCAUCAGAGCCUCUGACCCAACAAUCACUGACACACUACAGACACAAAGCAACAGGCAUGGCUGGACAGGUAGCAAUAGUGGGACUGGAAGCAGAAGUCAAAGGGGACAGAGAGCCUCAGAACAGAUGAUGGACAGCUCUCUGACCAGUCGUCUGCAUGACAACAGCAGUCAGAGGGUCGACAGGUUUCUGCAUGCAAUGCGUCUACAUGAUGACCAGUUAGUUGACAUCUCAGCUCGUUUCCAGGCAGAAAUGAAGAAGGGGCUCUCAGCUGAGAGCUCAGCCGCCGCAGCAGUAAAAAUGCUGCCGACACAUGUCCGCUCCACUCCUGAUGGCUCAGAGAAGGGGCAAUUUCUGGCACUGGAUCUUGGAGGCUCCAAAUUUAAGGUGCUCCAAGUUAAAGUGAGAGAGGGCAUGGGAAUUAGGAAGGGAGGUGUGGAGAUGGAGGAGAAGGUCUACCCCAUAUCAAAGGAGCUGCUCAAUGGGAGAGCACCAGAGUUAUUUGACCAUGUGUCAGAGUCUCUGAAGGACUUUCUUCAUGUAAAGAACAUCAUUUUGGAGAAGAAACAUCCUCUGGCAUUCACUUUUUCUUUUCCCUGUGAACAGACCCGCUUGGAUAAGGGAUUAUUGUUGAGCUGGAGUAAGAACUGCCGGGCUCGGGGCCUUCAGGGGAAAGAUGUGGUCCAGGCUCUCAGAGAUGCUAUUGAUAGAACUGGGGGCAUGGACAUAGAAGUGUUAGCUAUGGUUAAUGAUACUGUGGCAACAAUGAUGACCUGUGGUUUUGAUGACCAGUACUGUGAAGUAGGAGUCAUCAUUGGCACAGGCACCAAUGCAUGUUACAUGGAGGAGCUGCGUCAUGUUGACCUGGUGGAGGGAGAUGAGGGCAGGAUGUGUGUGAACACUGAGUGGGGAGGCUUUGGGGACGAUGGGGCCCUGAAUGAUUUCAUAACAGAGUUUGACCAGGAUGUUGAUGCAGCCUCUAUCAAUCCUGGAAAACAAAUCUUUGAGAAGAUGGUCAGCGGGCUGUAUCUGGGUGAGUUAGUGAGGCUGGUUGUAUUAAAGAUGGCUAAACGGGGACUGCUGUUUGAUGGGUGUGUGUCUGAUGCUCUGAGAACCAAAGGGAAGAUAACCACAGCACAUGUGGCAGCUAUGGAGGAGUACAAAACUGGUCUGAAGAACACCAGAGACAUUCUCGUGGAGCUUGGUUUGAACCCAUCAGAAGAUGACUGCAUUGCUGUUCAACACGUCAGCACCAUCGUGUCCUUCAGGUCCUCCAAUCUGGUGGCUGCAGGACUGGCUGCCAUCUUAACCCGAAUCAAGCAAAACCGCCAUUUGAGAACACUGAGGAUCACUGUGGGUGUGGAUGGCACUGUGUACAAGACACAUCCACAGUAUCCUAAACGUCUCCAUAAAGUGGUGCGUCGGUUGCUUCCUGAGUGCCAGGUUAGAUUCGUCCUCUCAGACAGCGGCAGCAGCAAAGGGGCUGCCUUGGUAACAGCAGUUGCCCAACGCUUGGCAUCACGGAAACAACAGGUGGAUGACACUCUGGCUCCCUUCAGACUGAAUCAAGAGCAGCUCCAGUUGGUCAAGGCCAGGAUGAGAGUGGGGCUGGAGGCAGGGCUGAAGAGUAAAGGGCCCUCUGCAGUCAAGAUGCUGCCCUCUUAUGUUUACCAUACACCUGAUGGCACAGAGCGUGGAAAAUAUCUUGCUUUGGAUCUGGGAGGAACCAACUUCAGAGCUAUGCUUGUGAAAUUCAAGAAAGGUCUGCAGAAUAACACACGGCUUUACCAUAAAAUCUACACCAUACCACUGGAGAUAAUGCAGGGGACUGGAGAAGAGCUGUUUGAUCAUUUAGCGCAGUAUGUGAGCGACUUCCUGGACUACAUGGGGAUUAAGAAAGCACAUCUUCCAGCAGGUUUCACCUUCUCUUUCCCCUGUGAGCAGACAGCGAUUGAUACGGGCAUCCUGGUGAGCUGGACCAAAGGCUUCAAGGCCACAGACUGUGAAGGACAUGAUGUUGUUAACAUGCUGAGGGAGGCAAUUAAAAGACGUAACGAGUAUGAUUUGGACAUAGUAGCAUUAGUCAAUGACACAGUUGGGACAAUGAUGAGCUGCGCCUAUGAAGACCCUCAGUGUGAAGUUGGACUGAUUGCUGGAACUGGGUCAAAUGUUUGUUACAUGGAGGAACUUAAGAACAUUGAGAAGAUUGAUGUUGAGAUGUCAAAGAUGUGUAUAAACACAGAGUGGGGGGGCCUCGGUGAUGAUGGAUCUCUGGAUGAUAUCAUCACACCUUUUGAUGUUGAGGUGGACCAAAACUCAGUAAAUCCUGGAAAACAAAGGUUCGAAAAGCUCACCAGUGGGAUGUAUUUAGGUGAAAUUGUCCGACAGGUAUUACUGGAUUUAACAAGGGGAGGUUUGCUGUUCAGAGGACGCGUCACUGAAACCUUAAAAACACCUGGAAUUUUCCAAACUAAAUAUCUGUCACAAAUAGAGAGUGACCGCUUGGCUCUACUGCAAGUCAGAUCUAUUCUCCAGCAGCUGGGGCUCGACAGCACCUGUGACGACAGCAUCAUUGUCAAAGAGGUAUGUGGGGUGGUAUCACGUCGAGCAGCUGAACUGUGUGGCGCAGGAAUGGCGGCCGUGGUCGAUAAGAUCAGAGAGAACCGAGGACUGGACCAUCUGAACAUCACUGUAGGGGUAGACGGUGCCCUCUACAAACUGCAUCCACAUUUUUCCGGAGUCCUUCAAGAGACAACCAGAGCUUUGGCUCCCCAGUGUAAUGUGACCUUCUUGCCAUCAGAGGAAGGCAGUGGGAAAGGUGCCGCCCUCAUUACUGCUGUAGCCAGACAGAAGCAGAACUGUUAACUUCAC